GGCUCCGCGGCGCGCGGGCCUUUGCGCGCUCUGACCAACAUGGUCCUUUCUUCGGGAGAGGGGGCCAGGCUUGCUCUCGUGGCUGGCUUGGGCGAUGAACCUGGAGCGCCCACCUGGCCGGGUAGAAGGCACAGACGGUCAGGUGGAGCUGUCUCUUUAAGACCGUGUUCUUGUUGACUCCAGAUGCAGAGGCCUCCAUGGCUGUGCUAAGCCUGCUGUUCUUGGCAGUCAUGUACGUCGUUUACCACCCGCUGAUGGUCAGUGACCGGAUGGACCUAGACACACUAGCCAGGAGCCGGCAGCUGGAAAAGCGACUGAAUGAGGAGAUGCGGCAGUUAAACAUAGAGUUUGAAGAGAGGAAGCGAGUAGCUGAGCAGAAACAGAAGGCAGAGGACUUCUGGCGAGGAGAAGUACCCAAGGACCAGUUAGUGCUGGGGAAGAAAGAGAGGGAGUGGCCGUUCCAGGCUUUUGGCCAGGAGGGGCCUCUGGGCUGGAUGCUGGGAAACCUAUGGAAUGCUGGCCUCUUUUGCCUCUUUCUCAUCUUUGAGCUCCUGCGGCAGAACAUGCAGCAUGAGCCAGACUUUGAUUCCAGCAGCGAUGAGGAGGAGGAAGUCCGGGUUAUGUCUGUCCUCUCUUCCAGCUGGCUCAGUGACUUCCCCUCUCAGGAGGCCUUGGAAUUCUUUUACAAACACCACAUCCAAAAUGCCAUCCGUGACCUGUCAGGCACCUGCGAGUUUGUGGAGAGCUUUGUAGAUGAUCUGAUUGAGGCCUGUCGGAUGCUCAGCCGGCCAGAAGCUCACCUGCAGUUGGAGGACUGCCUGGGUAUCGGGGCUGCCUUUGAAAAGUGUGGAAUCCUCCACAAGAUCCACAAAUUUGAUGUCCUGGUGCCAAUUGUCCCACCACAAGGCACCAUGUUUGUCUUGGAAAUGAGGGAUCCUGCCCUCGGCCGCCGUUGUGGCAGUGUGCUGGUGGAGUCUGAAUGCGUGUGCAAGCGAGAGAAGCUCCUGGGGGAUGUGCUGUGUCUGGUGCACCACCAUAGGUCCCCUUUGGCAGGCUCAGGCAAGUGCCACAGCUCCAUCAAAGGAUCUCUCUGCACCGGUGUCCACCUGGAUGUAUACAAGACUGUGCAAUGGUUCCGGAGCUUGGUGGACAGUGCCUGGGCUCUAGUGGCCCACAAGUAUGACUUUAAGCUCAGUCUCCCACCAUCCCCCACCUCCUGUAAGCUCAGGCUGGACUACCCCUCAGGCCGCAUUCUCUCCAUCAGCUUGGUCCUGGGGGUUCAACGGGAGGACACCUUAGUCUACCUGGUGAGUCAGGCCCCUGAGCAGGAACAGCUCACCAGUGUGCACUGGCCAGAAUCCUUUGCAGCCUGUGAGCACUUGUUCCUGAAGCUGGUGGGACGCUUUGCCCCUGAGAACACCUGUCACCUCAAGUGCCUCCAGAUUAUUUUGAGUCUCCAGGACCACCAGAGGUUACCCAAUGGGGAGUCCCACCCCAUCCUUACCGCCUAUCACUUCAAAACAGCCCUCAUGCACCUGUUGCUCCAGCUGCCCCUCACGGACUGGCAGCACAGCAUGCUCUCCCGGCGGCUCCAAGAUCUCGUCUGGUUCUUGGGCCGAGGCCUCCAGCAAAGAUCCCUCCAUCACUUCCUCAUUGGUAACCCCUUCUUGCCCCUGACCAUACCAGUCCCCAAGACGUUUCGGAAUGCUGAGCCUGUCAAUCUCUUCCAACACCUGGUGCUGAACUCCACAGCACAUGCGCAGGCAGUGGAGGAGUUCCACAAUCUUCUGACCCAGCUCAAAACUCUGCCCUGUCCCCCCCUGGCUGGGGUGUCUUAAUACAAAGGCCGUUGAAAAAAUGAGGUUAUUUCUGAUUUUUUCCAGCUACAAAAGUUUCUUUUCCACAUAUGUCAGUGGUAUACAUGACCUUCACCGUGCAGUGGGGAGAGUGCUAGGAUACAAUAAGGCACUUGAAGAAGUGGGUAAAGGGGCUGGGGAUUUAGCUCAGCGGCCUAGGCCUAAGUACCUGCCUUGCAAGCAGGCAGUCGUGAGUUUGAUCCCUGGUACCGAUAAAAAGGAAAAAGACAAAAAAAAAAAAAAAAAGUGGAUAAAGUGGCCAUGGGAACCUAAUUUAGGGUGGGGCUGAGCUUUUCUUCUGAUCUUUCAUCAUUACCCAAAGACAGUCCAGGGAAACGGAUAUGAUGGGAGGAUCUUGCUGCUAAGGAGCUGACAUGCUAUGAAAUUGUAUUUCUGUGUCAACACUGGAAGUUCAAGAGAACCAGAGAAUACCUCCAUCCUGGCUGACUCCUUUUUGUGAAUGACUCCCAACACGUUCGUUGUGAAUGGUUUCUAUGUUGAACUGUUAGCUGAAUUCCCAUGCUGUGGCACUCUAUCCUAGAUACUGUGGUAGCAACUUCUACUUUAGGAUCUAAUUUUUCAUACCCUCACUGUUUUGAAAAUAUAACCUAAGAUGUUUUUCAUUCUAUUAGCCCAGUUUUCUUACAAACAUUGUAGCUGUCUUUGUGACAGCUUAAAUUCUAGUACUACCCCAAUAAUUCAUUAACAUUCAUUUGCAAACAUGUAUUAACUCAGUAGUGCUCUGUCCCAGACUUGAGAUAAUGGAUUUCCUAUAGCUAAUGAAAUAGCCAAUUUUGAUGACUCUUCCAGUGGCCAAGAGCUAAAGCUCUAGGACAAGCUUUCUGAGACCAACAAUUUGUCCCUGAGUGAGGGCCCCUCGUUAAUUAAAUGGAAAACUUUAGCUACCACAUGGAGCUGGGCAUUUUCUAAUCAUGCGUUAGUCUCUUGUCAAAUACGAUGCAUUUAAGUAUGUUUUUAGUUUUGAAAAGAGGGGUUAUCACAAUCCAGGCCCAUUGCCAGGGCUGGACAGGAAGGGACUGUAAAGCAUUCAACUCCAACAGUGUCCUGAUUCUAGAGAUAUGAUUCGGGUAUUUUCUUGAGCAUCCUGAGGAGUCUUAAGAAACAGUUGUGGGUGUGGUUGUUUUGGAAAUAUCACUGCUGUUCCUACCUAGCACUGCCAGGAAGAUCUGCUGAGGUGGAGAACCUGGCCCCUCAUUUAACAUGGCUCAGUGGUGACCCGAUGCUGCCUUCUCUUGUAGAAUCUACAUCUCACUCCCAGAGAAAUAAGUGUCCUGGGAGCUGACAUCCGUCAGUAUUGGGACUCCUGCUGCACAACAGCUACUGUUUUAUGUUUUUGUCUUUUUGAGACGGGGUCUCACUAUGCUGUUCAGACUGGCCUUGAGCUUACUUUGUAGUCCAGGCUGGUCUCAAACUCGCAACGAUCCUCCUGCUUCAGCCUCCUAAGUGCUGAGAUUACAGGUGUUCACCACCAUGCCCAGCUAAUGGCUGCUGUUUUCCAUGUCACCUGCUGGCAUCUGGCAGGUACUGCUUUCAAAGUAAGAUAUGAUGAGGAUUGGACCUAUGGUGGAGGAAUUCAGUGUUUUAAAAACAUUUGUGUAUUUUUUAUUUUGAAAAUCACUUGCUGGUGUUUUCCUUCCACUCAAUAAAAGAGGCUGUUUUCUGUA